ACUGUGUGUCCUUCCAGACUUGCCGUAGGUCAAUCAUUCGUAGGGCUCUGCGUGCGGCGUCGGUCAAAGUUUAGUUGAACCGGAGCUGACAGCUUCAGAGCGGCUGAAACCGACACGUCUCUCCACACAAUGACAGCGAGAAAUAUCACUCGGUUCUGGGAAUGGGGGAGGAAGAUAAUCUGCGUGGGGAGAAACUACGCAGACCACGCAAAAGAGCUGAAAAACGCGAUUCCCACAGAGCCCAUCCUGUUCCUGAAGCCACCGUCUGCAUACGUCACAGAGGGCUCCUCCAUCCUGGUGCCUCUGUACUCCAGCAACCUGCACCAUGAAGUGGAGUUAGGAGUGGUCAUUGGCAAAGGGGGCACGGCCAUACCGCAGUCCUCCGCCAUGGAGCACGUAGCAGGCUAUGCUCUGUGUCUGGACAUGACAGCCAGGGACGUCCAGGACGUUUGCAAGUCCAAAGGUCUCCCCUGGACCCUGGCCAAAGCUUUCAACACCUCCUGCCCCAUCAGCGAGUUCAUCCCCAAAGAGCGCAUCCCUGACCCGGGGAAUGUGAAGCUGUGGCUGAAGGUGAACGACCAGCUGCGGCAGAGCGGCUGCACCUCCCAGAUGAUCUUCUCCAUCCCCUAUCUCAUCAGCUACAUCAGCGAGUUCAUCACCCUGGAGGAGGGGGACCUGAUCCUGACCGGGACCCCCAAAGGAGUCUCCGCCGUGCAGGAGCAUGAUGAGCUGCAGGCUGGGAUCGAGGACGUUGUCACUAUGACCUUCAGGGUGGACAGACAAGACCUACAGUGAAAACAAAAAGACAUUAAUUAGACCAAAGAAAUACUCGUGAAGAGAUAAUGAUUUGACUGGAGGCGUGAAUGUAAUUAUUGUUAAUAUAUUUGCAAAUAUUAUGUGGACCAGCAGAUGGCAGUCUCGUGCCAUCAACAGCUUUUUUUUCUGAUGCUGCCUUGUGAAAUGUAUGUGAAAACGAACAAAACUCAGUUUGGUUACAUUGAUUAAUAUCAUGAGUGAACUUUUGAUCGGUUUCACUGUUUUAUAUGCUUAAACCAGGGAUAUGAAAAUAAUUCAUCACCCAUGGUCACUCUCUUUGUUUCCAAUCAUAAGUUGUUGAAGAAGUAUUCAGAACUUGUAUUCAAAUAAAAGAUGGAAUCAUU